AUGGAUGCUCUGCGGGCUCGGGAGCAGCUGCGGCGGCGGUACUUGUUUGCGCAGGAUGCAGAGGCCCAGCUGAACAGCGAAGACGACGGCAGGCCGGAAACCUGUACAGCUGUUGAGAAAAAGGAGAAACCUCUUCCAAGACUUAAUAUCCACUCUGGCUUCUGGAUUUUGGCGUCCAUCGCUGUGACCUAUUAUGUUGACUUCUUUAAAACCGUCAAAGAAAACCUUCACACUAGUAGUUGGUUUCUUGUUGGUGGUGCCUUGCUGCUUGUCAGCAUCUCGAUUGCACUUUACUGUAUCGUCUUCCUGGAGUGGUACUGCGGAGUCGAGGAUUAUGACGCCAGGUUCCCCUCACUGAUUCCCAUCACCACCGCUACUUUCAUUACUGCAGGAAUCUGCUUCAACCUUGCUUUAUGGCAUGUGUGGUCAUUUUUCACCCCCCUGUUGUUGUUUACCCAGUUUAUGGGGGUGAUCAUGUUCAUCUCCCUCCUCGGAUGA